AAAAUUGAAAAUAAUUAGUUACGUAAAACGAUAUAAACCCGACGUACCGUUUUAAGACAAAUAAGAAUAGGAAGAAAAAAUAAUUUUAACGUUAUUUUUGCGCAGAAUCGUCAUUGCUAAGUUUUAAUGUACCGUGGAAUAUUAUAAUCAAUAUUAUAUCAAUUUUAUUCAAAUAAUAAGAAUUUGAAUCGGAAACUAUUAUCAAGAAAAAAAUGAAGAUUUAUCAAUUCUGGCGGAAAAUUAUUAUUCUUUUUAUGCUUUUAUGGAUUUAUUUGCUAUUGGUGGCUAUUAAUCGAAAACAACAACAAGCAAAUGAUAUCUUAGAAGAAAAUCUAAGAGAAAAGUUAACCAAUGUUUUUUUAGAGGUCGAACAUCUGCAUAAAAAUAAUGUUGAACUAAAACAACAAAUUAUCGGCUUAACUAAAAAACUGAAAAUCUUCAAAAAUAGUAAAUCAAAACAAAAAAAUUUAAACGAACCGUCUAAAGAUUAUGAACUUCUACGUCGCCGCAUUUAUUCCAACAUGAAGGAGUUUUGGUACUACAUCAGUUUUGAACUGCGAUUAUUGGCGACAUCGGUCAAAAAUAAAUUACCGUUUAUAAUGAAUAUGAAAACAAAUAUUGACGAACACUAUAGAUCGUUAUUGAAUGACAUUGAUAAACUGACCAAAGUCGAUGGCUAUGCACAGUGGAGACGAAAAGAAUACAUCUAUUUGAGUACUCUAGUCAAAAAAAGGAUAAAAAUUUUACAAAAUCCGCAAGACUGUUCCAAAGCGAAAAAACUUGCAUGCAACUUAAUCUCAGACCAUCGGUCGUGUGGAUAUGGUUGUCGCCUACACCAUCUCGUCAAUUGCAUGGUUGUAGCAUACGCUACCAAAAGGACUUUGGUCCUAGACAAUCCCCAUAAUUGGGGGUUCAGUAUUGAUGGAUUUACAUCGCUGUUUUUCCCGCUAAGCAAUUUAUGCACGUCAAUAAACAAAAACGAAACAAUUUUGCCUUGGCCAGGUGAUGAAAGUGUUCAAGUGGUGAAUCUUAGUCUUCCCAUCACAAAGCUUGGUGGCCCAAAUCGUGAGCAAAAACCACAGCUAACGCUGUUUAAUCCGCUAAUACUGCCCGAAGACUUGAGCCAUAGAUUAAACGUCUUGCACGGCGAUCCUGCCGUCUGGUGGAUAGGUCAAUUCGUCAAGUAUAUUAUCCGGCCGAAAUUAUCGACUAUUGACAUUUUUGAAAACUACGAAAACUUUUUCGGAUUCAGUGGGCCAGUUGUCGGCGUGCACAUCAGACGAACCAACAAAAGUCCAUUUCAUACACUAGAAGAAUACAUGUACCACGUCGAAGAGUAUUACAAGCUACAAGAAUCAAAUGGCAUAAUUAACACCAAAAAAAUAUAUUUAGCUACAGACGACCCAAAGUUAUAUAAUGAAGCUUAUAACAAGUAUCCUGAAUACCAAAUACUAGGUAACGCAGAAUUAUCAGAAGCUGGGUCCGUAAGAUUCCGAGAGUUGGACAAUUCUAUUAUGAAUAUCAACAUUAAUAUAUAUUUUUUAUCUCGGUGUGACUAUUUAGUUUGCACUUUCUCAUCACAUGUAUGCCGAUUGGCUUAUGAAUUAAUGAAUGGUAUCAAAUUUGAAGAUGCAUCGGCUCAGUUUACUUCGCUAGAUGACGUAUAUUAUUUUAACAACCAAAUUCGUAGACUGAAUGUUGCUGUAUUGCCUCAUAAAGCAAACGGACCGCAAAAGAUGGAUCUACAAGUGGGUGACGAGAUCGAAGUUAUUAAAAAUCAAUGGAAUGGUUAUUCAAAGGGAACAAAUUUGAGAACAAACAAAUCUCUUCUGUAUCCUACUUUUAAGGUAACUCAAAAAAUCGAAAUUAUGUCGUUUCCCAGUUAUCCUGAUAUUAAAAUAAGCGCCGAAGAAUUAGAAGAAUAAUUACAUUCAUAUAUUAUACUAAUAUUUAUUAAAACAUUAUAAUAUAACUUAUGAACAUUGUAAUAACGAUUGAUGAACUGAAAUACAAAACAUAGAUAAAA